AUGCGCGCGACUCUCAUCCAAGCGGCCGUCGUCGCCGCGACCCUCGGUCUCUGCGGCGCCGUCCAGGCCUCCAAUGGCAAAGACCGCGUCGCCAAAUGCCUCGCGCGGUACAGCGGCCAGGACCGAGGCCGUAACCGCACAACCGUGUACAAGACGGACUUUCCCGGCGUCACCUGGGAUGACGACAACUGGCUCCUCAGCACCACGACGCUCGAGCAAGGCCGUUAUCAGUCAAGAGGCUCUGUUGCCAAUGGCUACUUUGGCAUCAGCGUGGCCAGCGUCGGCCCCUUCUUUGAGCUCGACGCCGAGGACGAGGGCGGCGACGUCAUCAACGGCUGGCCGCUCUUCUCCCGGCGUCAGUCCUUUGCCACCAUUGCCGGUUUCUGGAACGCCCAGCCCGAGACCAACGGCACCAACUUUGGCUGGCUGCUGCAGUACGGCUACGAGAGCGUCAUCAGCGGCGUGCCUCACUGGAGCGGCCUGGUGCUCGACCUCGGCAACGGCGUCUACCUGGACUCCACGGUCGAUAACAAGACCAUUACCAACUUUCGCUCCACGUACGACUUCAAGGCCGGAGUCCUCAGCUGGUCGUAUACGUGGUCCCCGUCUGCCGGAAGCAAUGGCUCCUACGAUAUCCGGUACUUGAUGUUCACAAACAAGCUUCACAUCAACCAGGCGGUCGUCGAUCUGGAGAUUAUCCCGUCGGUGGAUGCCAAUGCCACCGUUGUCAACGUCCUUGAUGGCUAUUCCGCGGUUCGAACCGACUUUGUCCAGUCUGGCGAGGAUACCGGCGCCAUCUACUCGGCCGUUCGGCCCACCGGCAUCGCCAAUGUGACUGCGUAUAUUUACGCCAACAUGACGGGCUCCGACGACGUCGGCAUUGGCCGCAAGACUCUGGUCAGCAACAAGCCCUACAUCCGCAAGAACGAGUCUUCUAUUGCCCAGGCCGUCCCCGUCACAUUCUCCGCCGGCAAGGCGGUGAGGAUUACAAAAUACGUCGGCGCGGCGUCCGGAGAUGCCUUUGAAGAUCCUCAGCAGGUGGCCAAGAAUGCCGCGUCGUCGGCCUUGUCCCGGGGCUUUUACAAGUCUCUUCGUUCUCACGUCCAGGAGUGGGACGACGUCAUGCCCGACCACUCGGUCGACAGCUAUGCUGACCCCGACAACGGAACUCUGCCCCAAGACAACUACAUUAUCGACUCGGCCAUCAUCGCCGUGGCCAACACGUACUACCUGCUGCAGAGUACAGUCGGGCCAAACGCCCAAAGCCUGGUCAAGGACGCCCCCGUCAACGUGGACAGCAUCUCGGUCGGAGGCUUGGUGUCAGACUCGUACGCCGGUCUCAUCUUUUGGGAUGCCGACCUGUUUAUGCAACCGGGGCUCGUCGUGUCGCACCCCCAGUCUGCCGAGCGAAUCACCAACUAUCGCGUCAAUAAGUACGGCCAGGCCAAGGCGAAUGCGCAGACAAGCUACACCAGCUCCCAGAACAAGACGGUCUUUUCCAAGGAUGCGGCCGCAUUCCCCUGGACGAGCGGUCGUUUUGGCAACUGCACCGCCACCGGCCCUUGCUGGGACUACCAGUACCAUCUGAACGGAGACAUUGGCAUAUCGUUUGUCAACCAGCUCGUCGCGACGGGCGACACGCGGUACUUUAACGAGAGCCUGUUUCCAGUAUACGACUCCAUCGCCACGCUCUUUUCAAACCUUUUGGCUCCGAAUGGUUCAUCCUGGACGGUGAAAAACAUGACAGAUCCCGACGAGUAUGCAAACCACGUCGACGCAGGUGGCUACACGAUGCCUCUGAUUGCCGAGACGCUGCAAACUGCCAACACGUUCCGGGAACAGUUUGGCCUCGAGAAAAACGCAACAUGGGAUUCCAUGGCCACCAACGUGCUUUUCCUCCGAGAGAAUGGCGUCACACUCGAGUUCACCACCAUGAACGGGAGUGCCGUGGUGAAGCAGGCGGAUGUGAUAUUGAACACGUUUCCGCUCUCCUACACAACAAACUACACCACCCAGGAGUCGCUCAACGACUUGGACUAUUACGCAAACAAACAGUCGCCAGACGGGCCCGCCAUGACGUGGGCCUUCUUCUCCAUCAUUGCCAACGACAUCUCGCCCUCUGGCUGCUCGGCCUACACCUACUCGCAGUACUCGUACAAGCCGUAUGCCCGCGCGCCCUUUUACCAGCUCUCAGAGCAACUGAUUGACAAUGCCACCACCAACGGCGGCACCCACCCCGCGUACCCCUUCCUCACCGGCCACGGCGGCGCCAACCAGGUCAACGUAUUCGGCUACCUCGGGCUGCGGCUGCUCCCCGACGACGCGCUUCACAUCAACCCCAACCUGCCGCCGCAGCUGUCGCACCUGCGCUACCGGACCUUCUACUGGCGCGGCUGGCCCUUCGCGGCCUCGUCCAACGCGACGCACACGACGGUCCGGCGCGCGCGGCACGUCCGGCCGCUCCCCUCGGCGGACCCGCGCUUCGCCAACGCGACCAUCACCAUCGACGCCGGCGCCGACGGCAACGCCACCGCGUACCGCCUGCCCGUGGACGGCGCGGCCGUCGUGCCCAACCGCAACAUCGGCCGCGUCAACACCACCCCCGGCAACCUCCUGCAGUGCCGGUCCGCCGACUCGCCCGGCGCCCACCGGCCCGGCCAGUUCCCCAUCGGGGCCGUCGACGGCGCCACCUCGACCAAGUGGCAGCCGCAGUACGCCGCCAACCUCAGCGCCGUGACGGUCAUGCUCGCGCCCGGCGACGUCGGCGCCAUGGUCUCCGGCCUGCACUUCAACUGGGCACAGGCGCCGCCCGUCAACGCCACCGUCGUCUUUCACAACGCUACGAUUGCCAGCUUCGCCGACGUGGAUGUGUCCGCGCAGAGUAAGGGCGCUGACUACACCGUCGUGACGCACCUGGCGGGCGUGCCGCUGUCCAACCCCUACAGCGUGCAGGCGACGAACCUUGAUGCUAUUGCUAUUCCGGUGGGCAACACGACCAAUGUUACUCUUGGCGAGGCUGUGCCGGCGGCUCGGUACGCGACGCUGCUGAUUGUCGGGAACCAGGGGCUCGGGCAGAGAGAUGUGGAUGCUAAGAAUGGCACGGGGGCUACGGUGGCGGAGUGGGCGAUUAUCAGUGAUGAGAGGAGGAGGAUGGAUGGGGAGGCGGCGCCGGCCAAGGUGAGGCGGAGCUUGACGUGGCGCGAGAAGGGGAUGCUUAUGGGUAGACCUUGA